CGCACCGCCCCACAUCCAUACCUCACGUCCACUCACAGUCACAGAGGUGCAGUGGAGUGGCACUCGUCUGCUCUCGCAUGUCAACGCAAACAAAAGGCGUCCUCUCCUCCCAUCCAUCCCCUCCGCACGGAUGUAAAGCCACCCCAAACGUGACAAAGGGUGAGGAGACUCAAGAGGCGCAAGGGCAAAGAUUUUCAAGAACACACCUUACCUGAGCCAAGAGCAACCAUGAGUGGCCGAAUGGAGCUGAGCUCGCAGAUGUUGAUGGCGGCGCCGACCAACGGCAGGAAGCGGAAGUGCUCACGGCCCGGCCUGGGGGAUAUCCACGAGGACAUGCUGGAGCGCGUCCUCGCACGCCUCCCGCCGGCCAGCUUCUUCCGCCUCCGUGCCGUCUGUCACGAGUGGCGCGCGGUCGCCGCAUCCGCUACAUUCCUCGACGCCUGCGCCCGCGUCCCUUCCCGCGACCCCUGGUUCCUCAUGCUCUCCGAACGGCCCUACCCGGUGGUCGCGUUCGACGCCGCCGGGAGAUCCUGGAACGCCUGCCGCGCCCCAACGGGGUCCGUGCCCGUGGCAGCGUCGGGCGGCCUCGUCCUCUACAGCGUGCUGGCUACGGGCGCGCUCUGCGUCUCCAACCCUCUCACCGGCGCAUCCCGAGCGCUCCCCACGCCGCCACAGGGCCAGGGAGCGCCGCAGCUCCACGCAAUUGCCAUGUACGGCUCCCCCUACCGUGUGGCGCUCUUCACGGGCGAGCUCCCUGACCUGUCCAUGGCGGUUUUCGACUCGUCCGAGGGCUCGUGGGAGGCCCCCCUGCCGCUUGCCCGGAGGUCCGGGACCUCCUCCCCGGACGCGCCGCCGUAUGGUGGAGACGACACGGUUUACUUUCUGAGCAAGUCUGGCGACGUGGUAGCCACCAACAUGAAACGCAGUUCGCUGAAGCAGUACUCCUCGGUGGCAGUUCCGUCCGAGUCCGGCGCCGUGGUCUGCUUCCUGAGCCACUCGGGCACGGUCCUCGCCUGCGACACGGCGAAUCGGACGUUCGCCGAGCUGCCCCGGAUCCUCCCCGUGUAUUUCGAGUACUCCAUCGACGUCGUGGCAUGCAACGGCGCCUCGUACGCCGUCGUGCUGUCGGAGUACCUGGACACGGCGAGCCUGCGGGUGUGGCAGUUCGCAGAGGGCGCGUGGAGGCAGGUGGCCGCCAUGCCGCCAGGCAUGGCGCACGGGUUCUAUGGAAAGAAGGCCGACAUCAACUGCGUCGGGCACGGCGACCGCGUCAUGGUCUGCGUCAGCUCCGGUGAGUUCAAUGGCUGCUUCAUGUGCGACGUGCGGAGCAACCAAUGGGAGGAGCUGCCCAAGUGCAUCAAUGGCGACGGAGAGAUCAUCGAGUUCCUUGCCGCCUUCUCCUUCGAACCGAGAGUAGAGAUCAACGUCUAAGUGCGUGUAUGUGUGUGCCUGUUCGCAUGCGCGCCGACGCUUGCUGUGCUAAUUAGUAAGGAAUAUUUCUUGUUUUGCUGCUA